AUGAUUCAGGUUGAAUCGCAGACAAUAGCUGCGUCUGCGACUGCUCCCGCGGACAAAGAUGUCGCUUGGGCCAUAGUCAGUGAAGAGGCGGGGGAGAUUGACCCCGCCGUGGAGAAGAGGGUGCUGCGCAAGAUUGAUGCAUUCUUUAUGCCUGCUAUGUUGAUUGGAUAUGGAUUUGUUUACUGGGAUAAGGCCAUCCUUGGAAGUGCAUCACUAUUCGGUAUGACAACCGAUCUGCAGCUCCAGGUCAUGGAUUACUCUACUUCGCCUGCCACCAAGGAUACCUCCCGUCUCAGCUGGGCCACCUCCAUCUUCUACUUUGGUAUGAUGGCCGGGUUGUACCCCAUGACCUUUGUCCUGCAGCGGUUUCGCAUUCAGCACGUCCUGGGUCCGGUCGUGAUGCUGUGGGCUAUUACUUGUGCUGCGACGGCGGGAGUAACCUCGUGGCAGGGGUUAUUUGUGCAGCGCUUUUUCCUCGGCUUCGUUGAGAGUGUCAUUCCUACCGGUUUCAUGACGGUUGUUAGUGGAUAUUACACGCAGGACGAGCAGAGUCUGCGACAGGCAUGGUGGUUCUCCGGUACCGGAUGGUUCACCAUUAUCGGAAGCGCUCUCAAUUAUGCGUUUGGACAGAUUGAUUCUGGGAGCCUCAAGUCUUGGCAGUAUAUCUACAUCUUCGCCGGUGUGCUGACCUUUCUAUUUGGGAUUUGGUGCUGCUUCAUGCCUAACUCCCCCGUCGAGGCGUGGUUCCUGACUCAUGAGGAGAGGGUCGUGGCCGUGGAGCGCCUGCGUCGGGGACAGACCGGUGUGCGAUGCCAGGUAAUCAAGAGAGAUCAAAUUGUGGAGUCGUUCCUGGAUAUCAAAUUGUAUUUGAUUGCUAUUAUGAUGGCUGCAGCUUAUACUAUCAACGGCGCCAUUUCCGGAUUCGGCCCCCUGAUCGUAUCAACCUUUGGCUACAACACCCUCGACUCCAUCCUGUUCCAGUUCCCUGUGGGUGGCGUCUGCCUCAUCUUCAUCCCUCUCUGCGGCUAUAUCGGCAUGCGCGUCCCGAACACACGCAUCCCCAUGCUCAUCGCCUGCUGUCUCCCCGUCAUCGCCGGCUGCGUGAUGAUCUGGAAGUCCGAAUGGGGAUACCACCCGGCAGUUCCAGUUGCCGGAUACGCCAUCACCGGCUUCUUCGGACCUGUGGUAAGCCUUAUCAUCACCCUCGGCGCUAGCAACGUCGCCGGCGCGACCAAGAAAACCGUCAUGGCGGCCACCGUCUUCGUCGCCUACACUGUGGGCAACAUCAUCGGGCCGCAGCUAGUGAACAGCAAAACCGUCGACCAGCACUACCCCGAGCUAUGGGAGGGAAUGGUGAUUUGCUACUGUAUCACCAUCGCCGCAGCGGUCGCAUUGUACGUUGUCUUGUGGCGUGAGAACCGGCGUCGCGACGCCAUGGAUCUGGACGAGAGCCAGCGUGACAAACUGGCCUUCCAGGAUCUGACGGACAAGCAGAACCCGUUUUUCCGCUACGUGCUGUAG